GAAUCUGGAUUACUGGAAAGCUGAGCGGAUGAGACUGCCAGAAAAAGUACCCCUACUCACCCCUUAUCUUCUGUUACAGGAGGUUCAAAAGGAAAUGCAUUCCCAAAUCCUCUACAGACCGAGGCAAAUAUCGCUAAGUAACACCAGGUUGUUUUUGGCGAUGGAGAGCCUGAACAUUACGCACGGAUCUGUUUCCAUGAACGAGACGCUGGUGCAGCAUUCCCAAGCGUCCACGUUUGAAAAAGCAAUCGCUUUACCGAUUUUUAUGUUUGUUGGAGGUGCCAUUGGGAAUAUUAUUGCAAUAAUCGUCCUGUCAGUAUCUCGACAGGAGAGGAAAUCUUCAGCUUUCUACACGCUGGUGUGCGGCCUGGCGGUGACCGACCUGCUGGGCACGUGCCUGGCCAGUCCGCUCACCAUAGCCAACUACAUGGACAAGACAGUGCUCACGGUGCAGCAUGUGUGCGAGUUUCACUCCUUUUUGUUGCUGUUUUUCGGUUUGACAGGGCUGAGCAUCAUAUGCACCAUGGCAGCGGAGCGGUACAUGUCCAUAUGCUGCCCGUACACCUACCAGCGGUGGGGGGUGGACCGGCGCUUUGCGCAAAAGUUCCUGUUCUUCAUUUAUAUCAGUAACAUCUUCUUCUGCUGCCUCCCGAUGAUGGGCAUGUCGAAAAGCGAGCUGCAGCCGUCCGGCACCUGGUGCUUCAUCGACUGGGGGACAGAGGAGCCUGUGGCCGCUGCCUAUACUGUGCUGUACGGCUCCGUCAGCCUGCUGCUCAUCCUGGGCACCAUCCUGCUGAACCUGGCGGUGUGCGGAGCGCUGCUGCUGAUGCGCCAGAGGACCGUGCAGCGGCCCGUCACCAGAGCCAGCGUCCGGGACAGGUGGAGGGCUCUGUCCUCGGCUGCAGAGACCCAGAUGAUGGCAGUGCUGGUGAUGACCUCCGCCGUGGUGCUGGCCUGUUCAGCCCCUCUGGUGGUCCGUGUGUUUGCCAACUGCUUCAUUUUGAAAAAUUACCCUAACGCUGACCUGGCAGCCAUCAGGAUAGCAGCUGUAAACCCCAUCCUCGACCCCUGGAUCUACAUCCUCCUCAGGAGGUCUCUGUUUAGGAAGUUACUCAAGUUAUCCAGACAAGGCAGCAGCACUCGCAGUACUUCAUCCCCUACAUCACAAGCGACUCUUUUUUAUCCUGUAAUCGUGAGGGACAGUCAUGUGAUCACACAGCUGAUGUGCAACGCAAACAUCAUGACUCAGCUGCCCGCCACUGCCAAAUUCACUUCGUACGACACAGAGAGUCCCCGUCAGACUUAACACAGACAGAAAAUGUGUGUGACUUCUGUGAAUGUUUGCUGCUUGCACAGGCCGCAAGCACCUUGACGCAGGGCUUUGUCUCAGAGCUGUUGUCUUUGGGAUGGACACACUGAGACGUCUCUGCCGGCCCGAGACCGGACCAUCGGAGCUCCUGUAGGAUUAUUUAUUAAAUAAAACAUGACUUCUGCUCUACAUCUAUGUAGGCAUCUACUGCUGUGACACAGGACUUAUGAAGAAACACUAUGUUGGAUGUUAUUAAAAAACUAGGGAUGCAGCUCAAAUCUAUCUCUAGUCAUUUGGUCUAUAAAAAGUCAGAAAAUGUUGAUCAGUCUUGCCUUAAGCCCAAGAUGACAUCCUCAAAUGAUCUGUCCACAAGUCAAUGAUAUUCAUUUUACCGAGUAGUAUUAAAACCAGAAAAUAUUCACAUUCAAGAAGCUCCAAAACAUUUUUCUUAUAAAAACAAAAUCAGUGCUCAGAAAUCCUUCAAUCAGGUCAAUGUGAAGUUCCUUGUCCUCUGUCAGUCCCUCGUCACGUCAUCAUCAGCUCCUCCCCCCCACAGAUCAGUCAGUUCAUGGGAAUUAUCCAGUUGGACGCUACAGAGAUGGUACAACACUUGUUUCAUCUGGAGCCAGUGUUCAAAUGACACUCUUAUAACAGAAAUAACAUGGAGAUAUUAAAAGACUCUGAUUGAGACGCAGCACAAGUAUUUCUCUGAGAUGUGUCUUGUAGGAUUUUACCUCCUACAAAACCCCAGUUACAGCCACGUCCCUGGAGGAGUACGGA